AGCAACAACCUCUAUCAUCAUUACCACCUUCUAUAUAAAUAUAAAGAGACCUCGAACGAUACUUCACACAACUUCAUAACAAACAACAACAAGAAGAAGAAUAUCACUGGCUAAAAGAAAGAAGAAGAACAACAACAACGAAAGCUGCUUCAAUUGUUAGAUCUUUUACGAGAUAAUAUAAUCCGAUUCAAUCGAAUUAUGUCGAGUUUAUUGCAACAAGAAAGGAUGAUGAGAUCGAAGAAUUUCUCUCAAACAUGUAAUCUGUUGAGUCAAUACAUGAAAGAAAACAAAGGUAGUUUCGGUCCAACAGGCAUGAACUUAUCAUCAUCAUCAUCACCAGCACCAGCUCCAGUAAUGGGUGUUCCGUCGCCACUAUUUUACAACCGUGAAGUCAAUAAAUCCAUGGAUUUAUUCCCACAACGUACCGGUUUUGCUCCUACCACAACAUCGACGGAAACAAAGAAGCCUGAAGCCGCACAAAUGACAAUAUUUUACGGUGGUAAGGUACUAGUUUUCGACAACUUACCGGUGGAAAAGGCAAAAGAAGUUAUGAAUUUUGCCAAGAAUUUCUCUCCUGUUACGAGUAAUUCCGUUGCUGCUAGCAAGGAUGUAUUGCCGCCGAGACCAGUACAGCAACCACAGCAGCAAGUACAACAAAAACAGUUUGGAGAUUUGCCCAUUGCAAGAAAAGCAUCACUCCAUCGGUUCCUAGAGAAGAGAAAAGAUAGGAUUAAUGCUAAAGCGCCAUAUCAAGUUACCGGUACUCCGGCAACAAAAUCCGGCCAAACUCAGGCGAACAAGAUUGAUGAAAGCAAGUCAUGGCUGGGUUUGGCUUCCCAAACGGGCCAACAAUGGGGCUUAGCAUACCAAUUAUAGGUCUCCGGGGAGCUUCACCGAUUAAUUACUCGAGCUUUUUAAUUAUUCAUUGUAUUAAUUCCUUGGAUCCUAACAAAAAGAAUAAUUAGCUAGUGAAAUCAAAUUUACAGAAGAAUCAUUGCUUUUAAGAAAUGUAAUUCAUAUGAUUUUCAAUUUGAAGAAUCAAAUUUUAUUGACAA